AAAAAGAGGCAAAAUGUCAUGAUUUGUUAGACAUAAUUCUUUCUUUCCUUUUUCAACAUAAUUAGACUGACAUAAUCCUUCACAGUUUACAGGACUCUUUACUCUGUUUCUUCCCCUGUAACAUUAACCGGCGAUCACCCCCAAUCGGAAUCUACACUCACCACACAGAACGCCGCCGCCGCCGCCAUGGAUGAGGAACUGCUGGAACUGCAGAGGCAAUUCGAGUCCGCUCAGCAGGCGAAAUCGAGCAUUCGUUUGUCCGAGCGAAACGUCGUCGAAUUGGUCCAGAAACUCCAGCAACUCCAAAUCAUAGACUUCGAUCUCCUCUACACCACCUCCGGCAAAGAAUACAUCACUCCGGAGCAAUUAAGGAGUGAGAUAGUUUCUGAAAUUAAUAAGAGAGGGCGGGCAUCGUUGAUUGAUCUGGCGGAUACCACAGGGCUGGAUUUAUACCAUGUGGAGAAACAAUCACAGCACGUUGUGUCGAAUGACUCUUCUCUUAUGUUGAUCAAUGGUGAAAUAAUUUCAAAUUCGUAUUGGGACACUGUUUCUGAAGAAAUCAAUGAACGGCUCCAGGAAUGCAGCCAAAUUUCUUUGGCUGAGAUUGCAGCUCAGCUGCAAGUGGGCUCCGAAUUAUUAGUCUCCGUUCUAGAACCACGCUUGGGGACUUUGGUGAAAGGUAGGCUUGAAGGUGGCCAAUUGUAUACACCGGCAUAUGUUGCGCGCGUGAGUGCAAUGGUUCGAGGUGCUGCAAGGGGGAUUGCUGUUCCGAUGAAUUUGUCGGCAUGGUGGAGCUCGUUGCAGAUUUUGUUGCAAGAUAUGGAUGGUUUCAGUGGUGUGGCAGUUGAGAGUUCCUUUUUCCAAUCGUUGUUUAAUGGGUUGGUUAAGGGUGGCGAGAUUCUUGGCUCCCUUCGUGCCGGAGUACACUGGACGCCUUCUGUCUUUGCUGUGGCUCAAAAAGAGUGUGUGGAUUCUUUCUUUUCGCAGAAUUCCUUCAUCAGUUACGAUACUCUUCACAAGCUUGGAAUUCCACAGCCUAUUCAAUUUUUGCAGUCUAGAUAUCCUGAAGGUAAACCUCUUGUCACUGUCUUCGCUCAUGCAUCGAUGAUUGAAAUGUUGGACUCUGCUGUGGAGGACGCCGUUGAACGUGGUACCUGGAUAGAUUCACUAACAAUUUUACCCAUAUCCUUUGGGUCCCAAGAUGCAUCUAAGAUUCUUUCGCUUUGCCCAUCUGUUGAAAAAGCUCUAAAGUCUAGUAAAGCACAUUUGCUGGGGGAAUCUUACAUUUUUAGCGAUACUUUUGUGAAGGGUUUGUUUGAUAGUAUUGAGAAAGAGCUGGAAAACUUAAAUACUACUGGACUGACUGCUGCUGGGUCGUCAGACAUUCCACAUGUCAUCAAAGAUUCUAAACAAGGACAUGAUGAUAGCAGCAGUCAAGCAGAUCUGGAUGAAUAUGAUACUCAAAGUGGUACUGGUAAAUCGGCUUCAGAGAAAGGAUCAAAGAAGAAAAAAGGAAAAGCAACUGGGAGUGCUAAAGCUGGGACUGAUGAAAGUGUCCCCGAAUUCCAAGAAUCUACUGCUACUAAAUCUAAGAAAAAGCAGAAAAAGGGGAAAGUUAUUCCAAGUGCACAGGUUUCAGAUUCAAAGCCAGGUGCUAAAAGAGAUACUGAUAGAAUGGAGACCCCUAGCUUUCUGUCAGAAGAAUCGUUGAUUCAAAGAAUCAUGUCAUUGAUCCCAGAUCUUGAGGAGCAAGGGAUGGAUGAUCCUGAGACUGUUCUUGCACCUCUUGCAACCCAUUUGAGACCCAUGCUCCUAAACUCAUGGAUGGAAAGAAGAAAGGUUGCUUUUACUGAUAAUGCUCAGAAAAUGAGACGGGUGCUUGAUAAUAUUCAACGCAAGCUUGACGAGGCUUUAUUGAAUAUUCAACUAUAUGAAAAGGCGCUUGAUUUAUUUGAAGAUGACCCGUCGACUGCAGCUCUUUUGCACAAACAUUUGUUACGAACUGCAGCCACCCCAAUAGUGGAACACCUUUUAGUUAACCUGGACAUGUACAACAAAUUGAAGAAUGGAAUUCAACUCGAGGAACUUCAAAAUCCCGAAACUGUAUCAAUGAGCUCUUCUGAUAGAAUUGCGUUGGCAAAGGGUUUGCCCAGAUCUUUAUCGCUCAAAGCCGUUGGACUAGUUGAAACUUUGGAGGGGAAGCGCAUCGAGUUAUUCAUAAAUGCAGUAAGAGAAUUGGCCGAAGAAAGCGGUUUAAUGCUAAAAAAACUUGAUAAGAAGUUGGAGAGGACUCUUCUGCAUUCAUAUCGAAAGGAUUUAACAUCUCAAGUUUCUGCUGAAACUGAUCCUGUCGCCCUUCUGCCAAAAGUUGUUUCUUUACUAUAUGUCCAGAUACAUGGAAAAGCUCUUCAAGCUCCUGGCAGGGCUAUUUCAGUUGCCAUUUCUAAAUUAAAGGAUAAACUAGACGAUAUAGCAUUCAAGACUCUAACAGAUUACCAAAGCGCUGCAGUGGGCCUUCUUUCUCUAAUAUCUGCAGGAACCGGCGACGAAGAAGAUUGUACAUCAGACAGAAUUUUGAGCAAGAGGGAGCUCCUCGAGGCGUCAAUGCCAGCAUUGAAGAGUUUGGUUUUAGGUGGAAAUUCGCAAUUCUGAAUUCCUUUAGGUCGACUCUCAACAAGUGAAAAUACGGUAUACCAGAUUAUCUUUAAUAGCAAAAUUAGGAUGUUAUAAAGAAUGUUCAGUAGUGGAAUGGAGUGACUUCGAGAAAAGGAAUUUCAGAAAUUAUCGCAACUAUUUGGCACAAAAUGCACUAAUUGGGUCAUGGAUUUGCGUUUAUUUCAUGAUAUUUACCCGUAUAUUCAUAUUGGUUUGCGCAGAGGAGGAACCAACGUAGAAACAUAAGCACUUUAUAAUUAAUAACAUCGCUUACAUAAUAUUUUUUUCUCGCUCUCUCAUCGGGGACAACGUUGU